CAGCAAACAACUGUUGUAUGCACCAUAGUCAUUGCAAUCGUUGCUACAGGAAUUCAAGUUUGUGCAGAGGACUAUGAUUACAGCUUCUUUAAUGAGUGCAUGAAAAUUCCUAUGAAACCACAAUACAAUGGAGGAUUGUUGGUGAACUCAGAGUUCAAUGACGGAUUGAAUGGGUGGUACAGUUUCAGAAAUGAUCAUGUCAACCUCACCACCGGAAUUUCCAAGGAAGGAAACAACUUUAUCAUUGCUUCAAAUCGAGAAGAACCAUUUGAUAGUUUUUCUCAAAAGAUUGAGUUAAAGAAAGACAAUCACUAUAUACUUUCAGGUACCGAACAAUAUUCAGCGGCAACUUUCAGAAAGACAAUUACUUCAGAAAAUUACAUUUG